AUGACUCUAGGCUACAAAAGUGUAAGAGGAUCGAUUUCUCCAUCUAGCGAGCCCUCUAAAGAAGGUGGCAUGCUUGGUUUCAAACCGAAAGCGUUGUUUGUGUUCGGAGACUCGUACGCGGACACCGGUAACACACCAAUUAUUGUCUCCCCCUCAUGGAGGUUUCCAUACGGAAUCACUUUUCCGGGAAAGCCUACCGGCCGGUUCGGUGAUGGUCGUGUCUCAACUGAUUAUCUCGCGAAGCAUCUUGGACUUAAAACGCCGAUUGCAUACAAAUGGAGGAGGUUCGCACGACCGAGACAAGUUGUGAAUAAUGGAAUCAAUUUCGCAUUUGGUGGAGCUGGCGUGUUUGAGACAAUUUUCACAGUCCCCACCGCGAGUAUGCAGAUCAAUUCCUUUGAACAACUUCUCCAGAAAAAUGUUUAUUCACCGGCCCAUCUCAACUCUUCCGUAGCUUUUUUCAGCUUCAUCGGCAAUGACUAUAUCAAGUACAACAUAUUCAAUGGUACCCCGGAGGGCCGUCCAGCAUUGAUAAGGAGAGUUGUGAAACAAAUUUUGUUGGAUGUAAAGCGAAUUAAGGACUUGGGAGUGAGAAAGGUGUUUGUGGUUUUGUCUCCCCCACACAAUUGUGUGCCGUUAUAUUCCGCUUCUAAAGGCUGCAACACUAGUAACCCGUUGACGAAGCUCCACAACCGUCUUAUCCGGGAAGGAUUGAAUAAACUAAACGGUGAGAAUAAUGAUAAAAGCUUCCUCAUGCUUGAUUAUUACAAGGCUUUCAUGACCAUAUUCAAGUAUAGAGGAGUUCCAGGGGUUUCAACAUUUCCGGAACCAUUAAAGGCAUGUUGUGCGGGAAGAAAAGGAGGAAACUCUUGUGGAGAUGUAGACAUAUACGGUAGAAAAUUAUACAGUCUUUGCAAAGAUCCAAAGUCAUUCUUCUUUUGGGACAAUGUUCAUAUCACUGAUGAAGGAUGGCGUUCUGUAUUUUCUCUUCUCCUACCUGAUUCACCAUUUUAA